AUGGCAAACAGCAUACAACAAGACAUCGCUGUUUUAUCAUCUAUAGAUCAUCAUGACGUAAAACAAUGGCAACAUUGUUCAUUAUUCAAUUUAGAUCUAUUUAAUGAUGAUAAUCAUCAAUUAAAUUUAACUAAAAAUAUAAUUGAUAAUAAAAAUAUUGAUGGAUGUUGUUGUUCAUCUUCGACACCGAAUGUUGAUGAUUCAUGUGGAAAAAAUCAUUUAAAUCAUUCAUGUUCAUUUGUCGUUCUACAAAAAAAUUAUACGACACAACUUGAACAUGUUGCUGAAACUUUAUUAGCUAAUGAAAAUAAAACUCCAAAUAAUUGUUGUUAUUGUUGUACUCUGGAUACAAAUGAUACAAAAACACAAUCACUUAAUAGAAAAAUUCUUAUUGGUUCAUCAGCUAUACUUGAUAGUUUACUUCGAAAUAAUCUUAAAACACCACCACCAUCAUCACAACCAACAACAACAACAACAACUAUAAAUUCAAGUAAUAUUUCAAAAACUAAUAUGAAUAUAACUGGAAAUCAAAGACGAUGGCAUUCUGAACGUGGUACUCGCCAUCCAAAUGUUCGUGCUAAUUUACCAUUAACAACUGCUCAAAGACAAGUACUUGAACGAUAUAUGAAUUAUCCAUUAAUCAAACAACCAACAAAUAUUCGUUCUACACGUCGUUCACAUUAUCAACCAUUAACAGGCAAAGCAGGUGAAGCUACUGGUACAGCACUUUCCGCUCUUGCUGAACAACCAACAACGAGUGCAUCUGUUAUUGUAAAUCUUCGAAAAAAUAGUGCACCAUCAAGUCAUACUCGUCCUUUAUCAUCAACUUCAUCAUCAGCAUCAGCUGUAUCUCAUCAUAGUGCAUUGAAUCGACGUUUUUUAGCAGAUACAAUUAAAUCUCGAGAAGAUUCUGAAGAUGAAGAUAAUGAUAAUGAAUCGAUAUCAUCAGAACUUGAUCAAACUAGUGAUGAAGAAAAUAGUGAAAUUAAUCCAAUACCUAUUGUACCAAAUCUCUUAGAUCAUCACGCAACUUUAACUGAAACUUUAUCGGAAUGUGGUAUAUGUUGUGAAAUGAAACGUCUUCAAAAACGAAUAUGUUGUAAUUUUUAUGCAUGUUCAACAUGUUUAAAUAUUUAUGUUGAACAACAAAUUAAACAAGGUAUUAUUCGAAUACAAUGUCCAAAUCAACAAUGUUCUAUUUAUAUGCAUCGAGAUGAAAUUAAUAAACGAUGUAUAACACCCGAAUUACGACAAAAAUUAACACGAUUUUUAGUUGAUGCAAAUCGUUCAAUGAAUAUAAAAACAUGCCCACGAUGUUCAAAUAUUCAUGAAAUAGAUCUUGAAGUUUUUCGCUCAAUGCGUCGUGCACCAACGAAAGUUCAAUGUGUUGAAUGCAAUUUAAUUUGGUGCUUUCAAUGUCAUUCUCCAUGGCAUGAUGGUAUACAGUGUAAAGAAUUUCGGCGUGGUGAUCGAAUGUUAAAAAAAUGGGCAAGAGAAGUUCAUUAUGGACAACAUAACGCACAACAAUGUCCAUCGUGCAAAGUAUAUAUUCAACGAACUAAAGGAUGUGAUCAUAUAGUUUGUUUGCGUUGUAAAACAGAAUUUUGUUAUAAAUGUGGUGGUCGCUUUCGAGAUAUUAAAUUUAUUGGCGAUCAUUACAGUGAGUUAAGUGUACUCGGUUGUAAAUAUCGUUUUUAUCCUGAUCGUCCAUUAAAACGUCGUCUUAUACGAGGUUCAAUUCUUUGUGGAAAAAUUUUAGCAGCACCUGUUAUUCUAUGUUUGGCUGUUGUGGCUGGCGCUGUUUGUGCUGGUAUUGGUUUACCAGCUUAUUGUUGUUUUACACUUGUUCGACAUAUUAAAGCUAGACGACGAAGACAUCAUUCGAAACUAAAAGAACCUGUUCUGAUGAGUUAUAAAACAUUGAAUGAUAUGGUACCACAAUUAAUUCCGCGUGAUCCAGUAAAUCUUGACGGUGUCAAAGCAGGUUUUAAUUCAAUUCUAUCGAAUAUUCAAAUAAAUGAAACAACUAAUAUAGAAAUUGAUCCAACAAAUAAUGCUCCAAUUGCUGUUUUUGAUGAAUGUGAUAUUCAUAUUCCGACAAACCAAACAGAAGACCCAGUAUAUAUCCCAGUUAAUUCUCUAUUAUCAACUUCUGUUCCAACAACAUCACCAAAUUUUCCUCGAUUAACUCCUUAUACAACAUUACGAAAUUUAUCAUCCAAAACAAAUGUAUAA